AGGCCUGGUGACUGGAGCUGGAGUGACGCCAGCUGGUGGUGGUGGCAGACUGGAAGGAGUUACUGCGACUGGGGAUCGUGGGCGUGGGAGUGGAAAGGCCUGGCAUGGACAGUGCUGAACUUGCCGGAGCAGCCGCCUCUGCUGCGGUGGACGGGCAGAGCAGUCGCGGGAGAGGGCUUCGGCGAACCGCCUCUCACGACGCCCGCGCUGGCGUCCGCCGCAGCGCCCGCCGACGCGCCGCGAGCGGAAGGCGCGCGUCCAGCGGCGCGCCAGCCACCGGCGCCUAGGGCGACGCCUGGCACGGCCGCGGGCGUCCCGCCACAGCCGAGCGCAACGCUCGGGGCGACGUGGGGCGCGGCUUCCAGCGCGGAGGGCCCGCGGCCCGCAUUGGAGGCCGAGGGCGCGGCGUCUCCCCCGCCAGCGCCGCGGCAGCGUUACGACAGCGUAGGAGGCGCCGCCGCAGGAGCCGCCGACUGGAAGCCCAACGACACGCAGGGGCCGCUUCCCUGGCAGGGCUUCGAGCGGCUCGACGCACGGAUGGUCCACGUGAGGAGGUGGAGCCGACGGACAGGGCUCCCACCCGAGCAGCAGGCGGGCAAGGUCAUCGACGGUUUCCUUGCGGACCUGCAGGAGCGGCUCCUGCACUGCGCAGUGGAGCUCGACGGGAUCGGGGGGAUGGAGAUUAUGUUCGGCUUCCUGAAGCGGCGCCGGGGCGACCAGGACGGGGAUGAAGCCAAGGGGGCCUCCAGGCUAGCGCUGGAGGACACUGAGAUUAGACAGGGCGAGACGCUCGCCCAGUAUGAAGACCUCGAGUCGGUCAUGCGCGGGUUACUGAAGAUGGGCGUUCGAAAGAAAGCCUCGGUGCCCAAGCAGCGGGUCUACGCAGUGGAUAGCGAUGACGAUGUUGACGAGCCCGACCCAAUCUACUACGAGCUGGAAGAGGACCUCAUCAUGGACGAUGAGGGCGCGCUGGCAGUCAACGAGGCGAUCGCGGCCCAGAAGCUAGACAGACGACAGAGGUUGAGUAUCAGCAGAUUAAAUGAGAGGACGAGGUGCGCCAACUGCGGUCAGAAGGGUCACUGGCGCAAGGAGUGCACGAAUCCGCACAAGCCGAAGUCGGAACAAGAGGCGGCGCCACGUCCCAAGAGGGAGCUGGGCGGUGGGUCGCUCUACGUGGCAGCGGGCACUCUGGGCGGCGACGACUUCAUGGUCGGCAGCAUCCGGACCCAGGAGCUGAUCGCGAACGCGCUGGACGAGACGACGAGCAUGGAGGUCUAUGCGUUCGGGGCGCACAGCGAGGAGCCGGAGGGCGCGGUGGACACCGCGGCCGGACAGGCCCUCGUCGGCCAGAAGCAGCUGACGAAUCUUCAGGAGAAGUGCGCCAAGCUCGGCGGGGCCAUUCCGUCUCGCGAAGCCAAGGG